CUGGAAAAAAAGAUCAGAGUGAGACGUCUUUGCUGCUGUUCCGGUUCAGGUGUGACUAAGAUGAAGUGACCCACCUGGCCAGAUCUGAGAAGACCCGGCAAAGUUCCUCUCAGUUCAGGAAACAACUAGAAUUCUUCACCAAUUAAGCCGAAUUUUAAGGGUCCUCGGGCAUGGAUAAAUUAAAGUCGGUUCUGAGCGGUGAGGAGGCGCGCAGAAAUGACCGGAACAUUAUACAGCAAGUGAACCAAGCUUCGACUUUAGGCUGGGGCACACGUAUAAAGGGAUUCAUCGCCUGCUUCGUGGUGGGAGCCGCAUGCACAGUUCUGGGAGUGUGUGCGCUCUUCCUCCCCAAGAUUGGGAUCACUCUCUUUAUUGUCUUUUACACGUUUGGCAACAUAUGUGCUCUGUGCAGCACAAUGUUUUUGAUGGGCCCAAUGAAGCAGCUGAAAAGGAUGUGUGACAAAACAAGAGCGCUGGCUACUACAAUUAUGUUGACUUGCCUUGUUCUGACUCUCUGUGCGGCUUUCUGGUGGAAGAACUUUGGACUUGCUUUGUUGUUUGUUAUCUUGCAAGUCUUGUCAUUUACCUGGUACAGCUUGUCAUACAUCCCAUGUGUGAGGGAAGCAAUCAUGAGGAUGCUGGCCAUGUUCAUCAAAUAGGCCGUGUGUGUUUGGGGUGAAGGUUCAGCUUGGAUGAAGUGUUGAAGAAUGGGGCAGGUCUCUUACUGAAGUUCCUAAAAUUGGCUCCCUUAGAGAGUCUCUGACCCUUCCUGCUGCUCAGGCAUCUGUUUAUAGGUGAAAAAGAAGCAAAUUUUCUAUUUAUUUUUCUCAGUUGUGCUUCAUUGAUUGAUCUGAUUAAUUUUUGGUGAGCACUCAAAUUUAACCAGUUUAUGAUGAUUGUAGACUUUGUUUGUAAUAUUUGUAAAUAUCUGUAAUAAAUCAAAAUUUUAAACUUUUUA